UUUAAUCUGGUAUGGUGCGUUCAGUGUCGGGUGAUUUAGGGGUUGGGCGUUCCAGUCGCGGUGAGGAACGAAGUUACACGAGAAACGUGUUGGAUCCGCGUACAAGUACUUCACUACAGCCAAAACACCCAGGAGUGGAGUAGUGUAAGUACCACAGUUUUCUGAUUGCUCCGCCUGUGUUCCUGUCCAGGCCUUUAGUGAUGUCAUCAGUGAGGAUUGAGUGUGUGGUGAAGACGAAUGCUCUGAUUGGUGAAGGGCCAGUGUGGGAGGAGUCAGAACAGACGCUGCUGUUUGUUGACAUUGCUGGGCGGAAAAUCCACCGCUGGAGUCCAGCAACCAAUCAGAUCCAGUCUGUGGAGACAGGUGACACAGUGGGCUUCACAGUUCCUUGCAUGUCAGGUGGUUAUGUUGCAGGUGUGGGCCGCAGCAUUGUGACUGUUGACUGGUCGACUCAAACAGUGACCUCACUAGUAGAAGUUGAUGAGGACAAACCAAACAACCGUCUAAACGACGGGAAGGUGGAUCCUACUGGACGCCUGCUGGCAGGUACGAUGGGGAAGGAGGUGCGACCCGCCGAGGUUCAGAGACAACAAGGAUCCCUGUUUUCUGUGACCUCUGACCUCACUGUGACCAAACACUUUGACCAGGUGGACAUCUCUAAUGGGAUGGACUGGUCUUUGGACCAGAAGACAUUUUUCUACAUCGACAGUUUGUCUCAGACUGUUGAUGCCUUCGACUAUGACUCAAACACAGGAUACAUGGGUAACCGGCGUGUGGUGUACCACAUGGAGGAGGGCGAGGGGCUUCCAGAUGGGAUGACGGUUGAUGCUGAAGGUCGUCUGUGGGUGGCCUGUUACAAUGGAGGAAGAGUAAUCAAUAUUGACCCUGCCACUGGUGUGCGGCUCCAGACUAUCUCACUGCCAGUGACGAAGACCACCUCAUGUUGUUUCGGAGGUCCGGACUACACUGACCUCUAUGUAACCUCAGCCAGUAUGGGCCUUGACCAAUCAGAGAAGCACCGGCAGCCGCUGGCAGGAGAUACUUUCAGGGUGACAGGACUUGGGGUCAAAGGUCGUCCUUCAAACUUGUUUUCUGGAUGAUCUUUAGGAGAAUCAACCAGCCAAUCAGAGUGCGGAUUAGUUACAGAAAAUGAACAGUUUGACUGAUUAGCUCACUGUUAGCUGUUAGCAAUCAAUAAUCAUUCAAUUGGGUCACUAAUGAUAAGACGUAGUAAACAGUCAGGUGAAACUUCCAUGUGUUCAACUGCAGAUAAAUAAAUGGAGAGACUGACAGCCAAUUAAAAGCAAAAAAAAUAUGUGACACAGACAUUCAACAGCUAAACAAAAUCAGUGAAUUCUUAAAUGGAACUAUAUAUAAUAUGGAAAUAAAAUAAAACUUAUUUCAUGUGACUUAUUAA